AUGGUAAUUUGGUACAUAUGGCUCCUUACGCUAGCAAACAACAUGAAAAGCGUCUCAAUCUCGUCCUUAUCCACCUUCGCAACAGCCUCCUUUGCUGCUAGUGGCGAGCUGACCGUUAUCAGUAUCGUAGCCAGUAGCAUGGGAAGUGCUGUCUAUAUUCCUAUGGCCAAAGCUUUGGAUCUCUGGGGCCGAGCAGAAGGCUUUCUCCUGAUGCUGGUUUUCUCUGUCCUGGGACUCAUCAUGCUAGCCGCGUCCCAAAACCUUGCAACGUAUUGUGCUGGAUACGUUUUCUACACCGUUGGAUUUGGUGGUCUGGGCUAUAGCUGGGAUGUUUUGGCGGCCGAUGUGACCAACUUGAGAAACAGAGGGUUGGCAUUUGCCUUUACCUCCUCCCCAGCUGUGCUAUCUGCAUUUGCGGGAUCAAAGGUUGCGGCGGACUUUUAUUACCAGGUCAAUUGGCGAUGGGGGUAUGGAGCAUACGCCAUCAUUGUUCCUGCCUUUGCUCUCCCAGUCUACUUCUUGUUAGCUUAUAACCUACGCAAGGCCGAAAGAACGGGGAUCAUCACAAGGGAGAGAAGUAGGCAGAAGCUCAACCUUCAGACCCUUUGGUGGGUUAUUAUUGAGUUUGAUUUGCUUGGAGUAUUCCUGUUUGCCAGUGGUCUCGUCAUUUUCCUACUCCCUUUCACCUUGGCUGCAACUGCCCCGAAAGGCUGGGCUACUGGCUAUAUCAUCGCAAUGCUCGUGGUGGGUUUCGUUCUCUUGGUAUUAUUUGCCCUCAACGAAAUCUACCUCGCCCCGGUUCCAUUUCUAAACCACAAUUUCCUUAAACCACAAUUUCCUCAUCAAUCGGACUAUCCUGGCUACCUCUCAUCUUUCUUGAUGGUAGUGUACAAUGUCGACUUGGCUACCGCAGGGUAUGUGACAAACACCUUUAGCGCGUGCUCUUUCUUUUUCUUGUUCCUUGCAGGCUUCCUCAUCCGCUGGACUGGUCGCUUCAAAUGGAUCCUAUGGAUCUGCGUCCCACUCUAUAUCCUCGGACUUGGUCUGAUGAUUCACUUUCGCCAACCCGGCGGAUGCAUUGGUUACAUCGUGAUGUGUGACAUAUUCUUCUCUGCAUCAGGUGCGAUAUUCAUUCUCUGUUGUCAGCUGGCUGUGCUUGCCGCCAUCGAUCACCAACACGUUGCCUCGGUCCUCUCUCUCCUUUUCGUUAUGGGAGGUAUCGGUGAUGCAGUGGGCAGUGCUAUAUGUGGAGCUAUCUGGACGAAUACGUUCUAUUCACAGCUCGAGAAGAACCUGCCGGCAUCUGCUUUGCCUGAUAUUGCGCUCAUAUAUUCGACGUAUACAGAGCAAAUCAUCUACCCCUGGGGAAGUCCGACCAGGGACGCGAUUAUUAAGUCGUACGGGUAUGCUCAGCCAAGAAUGCUUGCUGCAGGAACUGCUUUCAUGGUGUUGGGAUUCAUUUGGGUUGCAAUGAUCAAGGAUAUAAAUGUGAAGAAAAUGAGUCAAACAAAGGGUAAUGUCUUCUAG